AUGGACAAAGAGGAAUACAAUCAUGACGAUGCUCAGCUGGCCCAGAUGGGCCAUAAGUCUGAGCUCAAGCGAAACUUCUCAUUGAUCUCGAUGCUGGGUCUUGCUUUUGCCAUUCUCAAUUCAUGGACUGCUCUGUCGGCAAGUUUGUCACUCAGUUUGCCCUCGGGAGGCAGUACUAGUAUUGUAUGGGGUCUCGUUACAGCAGGAAUCUGUAAUUUGUGCAUGGCCACCUCCCUAGCCGAGUUCCUUUCUGCGUACCCCACAGCCGGAGGACAAUACCAUUGGGUUGCUGUGACCUCAUGGAGAAAAUGGGUGCCCAUUCUUUCCUGGAUUACAGGGUGGGUCAACUGCUCUGGCUGGGUUGCGCUGGUCGCAACUGGUGGUCUAUUGGGCAGUCAACUCGUCAUGGGUGUCAUUUCUCUCAUGAACCCGAGCUAUAACCCCCAGCGCUGGCACCAAUUCCUGAUCUAUAUCGGCUACAACAUCGUGGCCUUCCUCAUCAACGCCUUUAUGAACAACGUCCUGCCUUACGUUACCAAGGGCGCUUUCACCUGGUCUUUGACAGGAUUUACCAUCAUCUGCAUUACUGUACUUGCAUGUGCUUCACCAGAUUAUAACUCUGCAGAAUUUGUGUUCACGGAUUUCAUCAAUACAACAGGAUGGCCUGAUGGAGUGGCAUGGUUGCUUGGGCUUCUGCAAGGUGGUCUUGGUGUUACUGGCUUUGAUGGUGUCGCCCACAUGAUCGAAGAAAUCCCCAACCCCUCGGUUGAGGGACCUAAGAUCAUGAUUGCUUGUGUUUGUAUCGGUACCGUCACUGGAACAAUUUUCCUUGUUGUACUGCUCUUCGUGGCUGGCGAUAUCAACAAAAUCAUCGAUUCUGCGGCGACUCCGCUCCUUGCGAUCUUGAAGAACGCCACUUCGAGCAAUGCAGGUGCUAUCUGUCUCUUGAUCUUCCCCCUGGUCUGUGCUCUGUUUGCUGCAACCGCUAUCAUGACCACUAGCAGUCGCAUGAUCUAUGCCUUCGCCCGUGAUGGCGGUCUCCCUGCCUCUCCGUUCUUCUCUCGCGUUCAUCCAAAGCUACAGGUUCCUUUGAACUCGCUAUAUCUCAACUUGGCUCUCGUGAUCAUCUUUGGUUGUAUCUUCUUGGGCUCUACCAGCGCUUUCAAUGCUAUUGUCUCAGCAUCAGUGGUUUUGCUCGAUCUCGUUGGCAUACAUUUCCCUGACUACUAUCCUGUUUCUUUUCCCCCUGAGUUGCCUGCCACUGGUAGCAGCAUGAAUUACUGUGUUGCAGCUUUUGGUAUUGUUUUCAUCAUUUCCACCAUCCAGUGGAUUGUAGAUGGACGCAAGAAUUUCGUCGGUCCCCGCAUCCAGGUGGAAGUUUUCAAUGGAGAGAUCGGUACUCAGCCAGAGCAGCCAAUUCCAUUCGUCGAACGGCAUAAGGAUUAG